CUGCACUCAAAUUAUUUUUAGAAAAAAAUUACUUAUUCAGAAACUAUAAUAAAAGCUUUACAAAGUUGCAAAAUCAGAAUCAAAUUUGAUAAAAAUUUGAUAUAUAAAGUAAGAGAUUAUGAGUGAUUUGUGUUGACCAAGUGAAUAAGAAAAGUGUCUUACAAAAUGGGACUAAGAGAGUAACAUUACUAUACUUUUGUAGUAUAAGAAUGCUUUUAUUUGAACUGUUUUCAAUCCUAGACUUGACCAAUCCAAAUAGACUUAAACAGACCAGACCAGAUUUCUUUAGUUAUAAAUACAAUAAGACCAAAUAUUUACCAGACCAAUUCAGAUUAGACCAGAUCAAACUUAAACAGAUCAGACCAGAUAAGACUAGACCAGCAAAUUACAGUCCAAGUAAAAAUAUCCUAACACUAUAAUUUCGAAGUGUAAUUUUAAAUUCUAUUUUUAAAUAAAAAAAACAGAAGAAUCUAACCUAAGAUGAGAUGAAACGAAGAGAAUGGAUGUACUUUUGAAUGGAAAAUUCUAUUCACAUCCCCUUUCUUACUAAAUACAGCCACUAAAUUAAAUAUGAAUAAUAAAAAAUAAAUCUAAUAUCUAAAUUACCUGAUAGAGAUCAAGGAAGGCAACAGCCUAUUAAGGAUCGUACUACCUAUUAUGAGAAAGUCUAAAAUAGAAAGGGAAAGGAGACUAAUAAUAAGUAAUGAGAUUGUUUGUAUAUGGGAUCAGGGGUUGGCUAUUAUAAAUAGGUGUGUUAAUUCAUCUUUCCCAAUUAGGCCUAAUGCUAGCCUGCUCCACUAAACAUAACACCUCCUAUUUAUAAUAGCCAACCCCCUCUCCCAUAUACAAACAACCUAAUUAUUUAUUAUAAGUCUCCUUUCCCUUUCUAUUUUAGACUUUCUUAUAAUAGGUAUUGCUCCUUAAGAGUAGGUUGUUGCCUUCCUUGAUCUCUAUCAUCACUCCCUCACCACAUCUUCAUCAUUGCGCCUCUCCCUUCCUUUCUGGACCGUGAGGUUCAUGAUUUGGACCUUCAUCCUCAAUUCUUCCACAACAAGAAAGAGCAAAAGAAAAGGUCCGGCGGCAUACUGCUCCAGGAUGUUGUAGAGUUUAAAAACUCCCAGCCACUACAUCUCUUGUUGUAACCAUUGCUUUGGUUCUAACCUCUGGUCAAGAGACUUGGGGGUGUUUGGAUCUGAUUCUCAAGGAGCAGAAGAAGAAGUUGAAGUGUUUGGGUGAAAGUGGAGAAGUGAUUCAGGUGCUCUAAUUUAUUCUUAGAAUCAGUUUUUUUAGAAGCUGGUCUCCCCCAACUUCUGAAAACAGAUUCUGCUUCUGCUUUAAAAAAGAAGCAGAAGCAGAAUCUGUCCCAAACACCCCUUAAUCUCGAUUUUGUCCAAAUAUGAGAAAACCCUAUCCCAACUUUUAACUGUGUUUUAACAUAAAAUUCAUUGGGAAACCCAGAACAAAAUAGAGCAGGCUCAACUGCCUCUGAUCUGAAAUCCUUGUCUAGUAACUCCUCGAGAUAUUUACAAGGAUCCCAUCAGACACGAAGCUUUUAUACAAGCCAAUGAAACAAUUCACACGACAAUAUAUGUAUUCCUCUGUUAACCUCUGUUAACCUAUCCCAUGUAUAUCAUUUCAAAAGGACAGAUGUAUCUAAGUCUCUUAGCAGCGAGCUGGAUUCCUUCAGAAUCUGGGGAGGAUAAAGCACAACCUGCUGCAUUACCGAAAACAACAACUACUUGUUUACGAACAAUUUCUGAUUUUAAAGAUAAUUCCAUGAGGUAUUCUAUCUUGGAGGCAUCACUGGUAUUCUGAAAUAAAGCUAGCUACGUCGCCAUGGAGUCCAUGGUUCUUAAAUUUGACAACAACCCUAACUCCUUUAUUUCAUCAAUUUUUCCCUCUACAAUGUUACCCGUAGCAAACUUCUCAAGCCCAUCUCAAUGCAAGAUCUGGGAAAUUCCAUGGUAGAAGCUUGACAAUCAUGUAUUCUGAAAGAAAACGCCCUUGACUAAAUGAAACCUAGUUGUAACGCAUAAUGAUUGCUGCCAGGACAUUGUUAGUUGACGAGAGUCCUCAUCAACAUCAAUUAUAUUCAUACAAAUUGAUUGUCUAACACUGAAAACUUCAGUGGUACUGAAUCUCAUGUCAUCUGAAGCCUUGUUUUUGAGACAAAAUCCAGUCGCACACCCUCGAUAGCGAAUACACACACACCACUUUCAAUUAUGUUACACUUAUACCCCUGCAACACCGAGUAAAGGAAGAAGUGACUAACAUCCAUGGUAAAAUGCAGAGGUGUGCUGAUUAAUGCAUACUUGGCAGAAGGUACCAAUUUGCACCCUUUAACAUCAAGAAUCAAAAGCUGGUUCUGCCUUUCAACAAUAUCAAUGCACUUCUCCAUCCAUCUCCGAAUAAAAAUUGUGCUCAACACACUGUCACCUUCCCGGUCCUUGUCUCUUUUCUUUAGUAUCAUGAGCCGUGGACCAAUACUUGUCAUAUGAAACUACAUGUUAAGACCUAAACCUCCAUCUAGCACAAGAAUACCAAUUGUUGGCAGGCCCAUAACUUUUCCCCCUUCGGUUACUGCAUCUGUGAAAGGAUCUUGAAUGAGAUCCUGAAGGAUCUUGAUAUAUUGGUUCCAGAGUCUGACUUGACGGGCUCGUUCUUGAGAAAACAAGCAAUUGCGCUAGCUUCAGGUCCAGCUGCAACUGACGAAUUCUCAUCGCAUUCAACAUCUGCCCUGGGCGGUGAAGAAUAGACUCGCGAAGAAGUCUGAGACGGGAAACAUCUGCUCCGGAUGAAGCUUGUGAACUGGACAAAAAUGAUGGCGAGGAAUCCUGCGAGAGUUUGAGAGAAACUGCUUGUGAUGAAGACGGUGAACAGUAAAGAUCGGCGAGUGAGGAAUCCUGCGAUCUUGGAGGAACUGUUCGCAACUGCGGACUGGGAAAUUCUUUUAUCUAUCGAGUCGCACUUUGACACGAACUGAGAGCAGGUGAAAGAAACUGCGAAGAAACCUGCGAUAAAACCUGCAAGAUCAAUUCGUGCAGCCUUGCGAAGCCAUUCCGCACUUCGUUGCGAGUCUUCCACACUUCAUUGUGAGUCUUCCGCACUUCAUCAUGAAAGUUCUGCAUCUCCUCGCGGUUAAGUUCCCAUUGCGCUGCAAACUCUGCAGCUUACUUUCCAUCGUUCUUUGAGUAGCGACCAUUGACAGGCGACAGAAACCACGCUCUGAUACCAAUGAUAGGUUCAGGCCUAAUUAUGGUAACUUUCAGGGGUUUGAGAGUAGACUACAAUGGAGAAUUAAGCAAUUGGGGAACAUGAAUUAACAGUAGAGAAAGAUAAGGUACAAAGGCAGUUAGAGAAUGCCAGCUCCCAAGUCCCAAAGUCCAAGAUAAUACCAGCCUGCUUCACUAAACAUAACACCUCCUAUUUAGGCUUUGUUUGCAACCACUUGUGCUUAAAUAAAAGCACUUUUUGAUAAAAAGGGAAUAGUAGUAAAAGUUGGUAGUGUUUGGUAAAAUAAGUGCUUUUUGUGUAAUAGAAAAAGUAAAAAGUAGAUUCAACACGGAAGCCGAGAAAGUAAAAGUUGGUAGUGUUUGGUAAAAUAAGUGCUUUUUUCUUAAAAAAAAGCCCAAAUCACUUUUCUCAAGUGGUUGCAAACAAAGCCUUAUAAUAGCCAACCCCCGCUCCCAUUCACAAUCUAAUUAUUUAUUAUUAGUCUCCAUUCCCUUUUUAUUAUAGACUUUCUCAUAAUAGGUACUGCUAUCCUUAAGAGUAGGCUGUUGCCUUCCUUGAUCUCUAUCAUUACCCUUCCUGCUGCAUAACGACCGUUUAAGUGAUCGACUGAUGAGAACCCAGCCCAUUUAGAUAUUAAUAAUGAAAGGGAUUUUUCCAGAGUUUAUAGUAGGAGAAAUAAAAGGGCAAAGGAGUAAAAGCAUAAUUAAUGGGGGGAGCUGGGUCGGCAGAUUGGGGAAUAAAACGGGAACCAAGGGAGGAGAAUAGGCAUUGGGGAAAUUUGGAUAGACUGGUUUUGGAGAGAGGGGCCCUCUCGAAAGGCUUCCAACUUGUUUUUCUCUUUCAACAAAUAAUCUUCCUGAUCAUUGUGUUCCAGGAUUCAGUAAUUUUCUUUCAAUAAAAUUUUCAGAGUAUUUCAGUUCUUAUCAUUUGGUAUCAGAGCACGAUCACUGUACCUGUGUAUGGUAUUCACUCGAUCAAACAUGGAACAACGACUUGAAAGUUUGGAGCGAUCUGUAGAGAUUUCCAAGGAAGAGAUCCGAGCAGAGAUGAGAGCAUUGAUGGACGAGAAAGUGCAGUUGUUGCUGGACAAGAUGCAAAGCUUCGAAGUUCAGGGCCAUCACAGGAGAAGAAGAGGACGGUCACCCACCCAUCGACGGCGACAACCUUAUGCCAGCGUGAGUUCGUCCAAGUCAGGAAGUAUUUCUCAGGGUUCUCGAUCCUCUUCUCGUACCCCUGAACCGACGGGAAUUAACGAUCGAGUAUAUACGGGACGAAAGGUGGAUUUACCGCUUUUUAGUGGGAACGAUGCUUACGGAUGGCUUAUCAGGGUGGAACGCUAUUUUAAACUAAAUCAAGUAUCCGAGAGUGAUAAAGUGGAAGUUGUCCUGAUGGCCAUGACCGACAGGGCUCUGAACUGGUAUCAAUGGUGGGAUGAACAAACUGAUGACUAUUCCUGGGGAAAUUUUAAGGAAGCAUUGAUCCGACGUUUCCAGCUGGAAUUAGUUCAGAACCCGUUUGGCCCUAUGCUCAAAAUUAAGCAAACUAAUUCAGUCAUGGAGUACAGGGAUCACUUCGAAAAGGUUGUAGCUCCCAUCAAAAUUGCUGACCCAGAGAUGCUAAAAGGAGUAUUUUUCAAUGGCCUCAAAGAAGAAAUUAGUUCAGAGCUGAAGUUGCACCGGACCACGGGGAUAACUGAUCUUAUGGACACCGCCCAGCUUGUAGAACAGAAAAACCUGACAUCAAAAGGGGGAAAGAAUAAGGAAAUAGACCGACGAGGGUGGAUAAGUACGGGAAUGAAUUCAUCCAAAGGUCAGUACAGUGCGGAAGGAAAUAUAGGAAAAUUUGUCACACCAAAAAUUCCUAUGCUGGAGAGGGACCAUUCAGAAGUUCAACAUGAACAUUCUAGCGGGUUGAAUAAACAAUGGAAGGGAGGACCAAGACUGUCUCAAGCUGAAAUACAAGAUAGAUCUAGAAGAGGACUAUGUUUUAAAUGUGGGGACAAAUGGAGUAAAGAACACAUGUGCAAAAUGAAAAACUACCAGUUAAUGUGGGUAGAGUCAGUAGAAGAAAACGAGGAAGGUGAACCGCAGGUGUUGGAAACAGGGGAGAUUGAGGCUGACACAGGAGAACACAACGAUAUGCAACUAUCGAUUUUAAGUAAGGAAGGAAUCAAUACUUAUAAAACUUUUACAGUCAGGGGACAAAUAAGGAAUACGAGCAAACGCAAAUCAAUCGUAAUCCUCAUUGAUUCAGGUGCUACCCACAACUUCAUUUCUCAGAGAUUGGUUGAUGAGAUGGGGCUGAAUUACAAUGUCAACACUGGGUUCAAGGUCGAAUUGGGAAAUGGAGAUCAUGUGGUUAAUACAGGAAAAUGUGAACAGCUCCAAAUUUGGGUGCAAGGGGAGUGUAUUACUCAAGAUUUCUAUCUCUUGGAACUAGGAGGUACUGAUUUGGUGUUGGGAAUUGCAUGGUUGGCAAGUCUGGGUGAGGUACAGAUAAAUUUCAGUGAUUUAUCCAUCAAAUGGAAGGAAAAAGGGGAAGAUAAGAUGCUCAAGGGAGGUUUUGAGUUAAACAGAACAAAGGCAUCAUGGAAAUCUGUCCUACAGACUUUGCAACACGAAGGAGAAGGGUAUGCCAUUCAUUAUGAGGUAGCUGAUUCCAGCAAGCCAGAUCCAGAAACGGAGAAGGAUUGGGAGGAGCUAAUAAGAGAAUUCCCAAAAGUUUUUCAGAAGCAGGCAGGUUUACCACCUAAAAGAGCAUGUGACCAUGCCAUAAACAUCAAAGAAGGAGCAUUGAUUCCAAAUUCCCGGCCAUAUCGAUAUCCUCAUUAUCAAAAAGAUGAGAUAGAAAAAUUGGUGCAGGAAAUGUUGAACAGUGGAGUUCUCAGACCUAGUACGAGCCCAUACAGCAGUCCAGUCAUUAUGGUUAAGAAGAAGGAAGGAGGUUGGAGAAUUUGUGGAGAUUACAGGGCCCUUAACAAAAUUACAAUUCCUGACAAGUUUCCUAUUCCUAUCAUUGAAGAACUGUUAGAUGAAUUGGGGGAGGCUCAGGUAUUUUCCAAGUUGGAUCUGAAAUCCGGGUACCAUCAAAUUCAGAUGAAGGAAAGUGACAUCCCUAAAACUGCCAUUCGAACCCAUGAAGGACAUUAUGAGUAUGUCGUCAUGCCGUUUGGGUUAACCAACGCUCCCUCUACUUUCCAGGCUCUGAUGAACCACAUUUUGAAGCCGUAUUUGAGGAAAUUUGUCCUUGUUUUCUUUGACGAUAUACUGGUGUAUAGCAGAAACGUGGAAGAACACCGGGAACAUUUAGGGAAGGUGCUGAAAGUGCUUCAAGAGAACCAGUUGGUGGUUAACAGAAAAAAAUGCUACUUUGGGCAAAAAGAGCUUGCUUACUUGGGACAUAUCAUAUCAGGUAUUGGGGUCUCUGCUGAUCCCAGUAAGAUCCAAGACAUGCUCAACUGGAAAAGGCCUCAAGAUGUGAAAGGACUCCGGGGAUUUCUGGGGCUAACAGGCUAUUACAGAAGGUUUGUAAAAGGAUAUAGUAGAAUAGCAAAGCCUCUCACCGAUUUGUUAAAAAAGGAUGGCUUUAAAUGGACACGUGAGGCCACCAGUGCAUUCGACGAAUUGAAGGUAGCCAUGACUACGGUACCUGUGUUAGCUAAUCCCGACUUCAACAAAAUGUUCAUAAUUGAGACUGAUGCUUCUGGGCAGGGGAUAGGGGCUGUUUUGAUGCAGGAAGGCAGACCUAUUGCUUAUAUGAGUAGAGUACUAUCCAAUAGAAACCAAAAUAAGUCAGUAUAUGAACGGGAGCUGCUAGCAAUCGUGAUGGCCGUGCAAAAAUGGAGACCAUACCUAAUGGGCCGGAGUUUUGAAGUCCACACCGACCAGAAAAGUUUGAAAUUUCUAAUGGAGCAACGGUUAAUGGGUGAGGAGCAACAAAAGUGGAUCACAAAGCUGUUGGGAUACAAUUUCAGCAUUAAAUAUAAACCGGGUUUGGAGAAUAGGGCCGCGGAUGCACUGUCUAGGAAGGCUAGCUAUCAGGCUCUUUCAGUGGUGAGUUUCCAGGAAUGGCAGGGAUUAGAGGAGGAAUUGUUGCAGGAUACCAGGUGCAAUCAAUUAAUUCAGAACCUGGUGUCACAACCAGAAUCUCAACCAGGUUUUAAAUUGAGAAAAGGGUUAAUCUACUACAAAGAUAGACUCAUGUUGCCCAAGAAAUCUGCGAGAAUCAAUCAAGUGCUGAAAGAAUUCCAUGACUCAGCUUGUGGAGGACAUGCAGGGUACCUCAGAACUUUGAAAAGAAUAUCUAGUGUGCUGUACUGGGAGGGGAUGAGGCAAGAUAUCCAAGAUUAUGUGAAGAGUUGUGAGGUAUGCCAAAGGAACAAGUACCAGGCUCUAAGUCCUGCUGGGCUACUGCAACCUUUGCCGAUUCCAGAUCAUAUUUGGACUGAUAUUAGCCUUGAUUUCAUUGGAGGAUUACCUAGAACGAUGGGUAGGGACACCAUACUAGUGGUGGUUGACAGGCUAACCAAAUAUGCCCAUUUUUUGGCAUUGGGCCAUCCUUAUACGGCUAAGAGUGUGGCUGAGUUGUUUAUUCAGGAGGUGGUGAAGCUGCAUGGGUUUCCCAGGACCAUCGUAUCAGAUCGUGAUAGUCUAUUUUUGAGUUCAUUUUGGGCUGAACUUUUUAAACUUGCAGGUACCAAACUAAAAUACAGUACCGCCUAUCACCCUCAAACGGAUGGGCAGACUGAAGUGGUUAAUCGUUGUCUGGAAACGUAUCUGAGGUGUAUCACUGGUAACAGACCUAAGAAAUGGCCCCAAUGGUUACCUUGGGCUGAGUUUUGGUAUAAUACCAAUUAUCACGCCUCACUGCAGACUUCUCCUUUCAAAGCCUUAUAUGGCCAUGAGCCUCCAACUUUAAUCUUGGGAGAUGCUACAAGGACAGCAGUUGAAGAAGUAACCAAACUCACAGCAGAAAAAAAUGAAAUGAUCAAGGAGUUGAAGCAAAAUCUAGCCAUGGCUCAAAAUAGAAUGAAGCAACAGGCGGAUAAAAAUAGAAGGGAUGUUCAGUUAGAAGUUGGAGAUAGGGUGUUUCUCAAAAUACAACCAUACAAAAUGAAAAGUCUGGCAAAAAGGCUGAACCAGAAGCUAAGCCCAAGAUUUUAUGGCCCUUUUGAAGUCAUUGAAAAAAUAAAUCCAGUGGCUUACAAGUUAAAACUGCCAGAUGGUUGUAAGGUACACCCGGUGUUUCAUGUUUCUUUGUUGAAGAAAACUGUGGUUCCUAACAUUCCUACUCAACCUCUACCUGGAUGCUUAACGGAGGAGUGGGAACUUCAAACAGAACCUGAAGAAGUGUUGGCUGCUAGAGAGUCUAUCAAUGGGAGUAAGGAGAUAUUAGUUCAUUGGAAGGAUUUGCCUAGUUUUGAAGAUUCCUGGGAAGAGUUGUCUGAGUUUCAAUCAUUGUUUCCCAAUUUUCACCUUGGGGACAAGGUGAAUUUUGAAGGGAGGGGUAGUGAUGAGAACCCAGCCCAUUUAGAUAUUAAUAAUGAAAGGGAUUUUUCCAGAGUUUAUAGUAGGAGAAAUAAAAGGGCAAAGGAGUAAAAGCAUAAUUAAUGGGGGGAGCUGGGUCGGCAGAUUGGGGAAUAAAACGGGAACCAAGGGAGGAGAAUAGGCAUUGGGGAAAUUUGGAUAGACUGGUUUUGGAGAGAGGGGCCCUCUCGAAAGGCUUCCAACUUGUUUUUCUCUUUCAACAAAUAAUCUUCCUGAUCAUUGUGUUCCAGGAUUCAGUAAUUUUCUUUCAAUAAAAUUUUCAGAGUAUUUCAGUUCUUAUCAUCGACUUUAUCCUUGUUACUCGAAAUUCAACUAGAAGACCAGGGAAGCAUAACGCAAACCUCAAACGCAGAAACGCA